CGGGGGGGUCAAAUCCGGGAACCCCAUCGCCCAUUCGCCCCGCCCCUCGCUCAGCAGAAUUCCAGAUUCGCCAACAGGGAGCCGGCCUUCGGUUCGCCACUCUCUUUUCCUCCCCCACACCCCACCUGUUCUGUCACUGCUCACUAACUCGCAGCUGAUGCUUAUAACUCCCCGCACCACUGCACUCCGUUAUCCUUCUUUUCCUUCCCCGCGCGUUGUGGUUGCUCGUCCCACUCUGCGCUCUCCAUCCUGUCCUGUACGAGCGCUUCGUUACUCGAGCGGGCGCUCGGGCUUAGAAGAUAGCCCUAGUUCAUGAGCAGCAGCGAGUCGGCAGCAUCGUUUCGAGUGACUUCGAUAGCAUACUCUAGUAGCUAGCAGCAAUGAGGGUGUACAUCACGGCGGCCGCGGACGACGUCAUGAAGCCCAAGGCGCCGCAGCCGCAGCAGCAAGCGGCGCGGCGCGGGUGCCGCUCGGCUGUCGUCACGGGGCUCCUCGCCGGGGUGCUCCUCUUCCGCGCCGCGCUCCUCGCCAUCGAGGCCGGCGCCUCCCUUUGCCCUUCCUCCACCGGAUGCCUGGACUGGCGGGCCGGGCUGGGGGACUGGCUCUACGGCGGCGGCGGCGGCGACGCGACGGAGGAAUUUAUGAAGGAAUGGAGGAGGAGUCACAGGGAAGCCACCCUGUUGGAUCCCGUGGUGGUGGAAGCAGCGCCGGAUUCCAUGGACGGCCUCAUGGCGGAGAUGGGCACCAUGCUCGCGUCCUACGACCGGCUCGACAUGGAGGCCGUAGUGAUCAAGAUAACGGCCAUGCUGUUGAAGAUGGAUCGGAAAGUAAAGUCAUCAAGGAUCCGGGCUCUGUUCAACCGGCACCUGGCCUCGCUGGGCAUCCCCAAGAGCAUGCACUGUCUCACCCUGCGGCUAGCCGAGGAGUUCGCCGUGAACUCCGCGGCGCGCUCGCCCGUGCCCCCGCCGGAGCACACCCCUCGCCUGACCGACGCCUCGUACCUCCACAUCGCGCUCGUCACCGACAACGUGCUCGCUGCCGCCGUGGCGGUGGCUUCCGCCGUUAGGAGCGCCGCCGACCCUGAGAGGCUGGUGUUCCACAUCGUCACGGACAAGAAGAGCUACGUCCCCAUGCACUCGUGGUUCGCGCUGCACCCGGUUUCGCCGGCCGUCGUCGAGGUCAAGGGCCUUCACCAGUUUGACUGGCGGGACGGCGAUGUCAUCGCCUCGGUCAUGAGGACGAUCGAGGAGGUCCAGAAGAGCUCGCUGGAUUAUCACCAGUGUGACGGAUCAGCUGAGAGGGAGUACAGACGGCUCGAGGCCUCCAAGCCAAGCACGUUUUCGCUCCUGAACUAUCUCAAGAUCCAUCUCCCAGAGUUCUUCCCUGAGCUUGGGAGGGUCAUGCUCCUCGACGACGACGUCGUGGUGCGCAAGGACUUGGCCGGGCUGUGGGAGCAGGACCUGGACGGGAACAUCAUCGGCGCGGUCGGCGCACACCUUCACGACGCAUUCGGCGGUGUCACCUGCAUCGACAAAACCUUUGGCGAUCACCUGAAUUUCUCUGACCCUGCAGUACCAUCACUAGGCCUCCGCAGUUCGCAGUGCGCGUGGUCGUGGGGCGUCAACAUCGUCGACCUCGAUGCGUGGCGACGAACAAAUGUUACCGACACGUACCAGUUCUGGCUGCAAAAGAACCGAGAAACGGGCUUCAGGCUGUGGCAGAUGGCAUCUCUGCCACCGGCUCUGAUAGCGUUCGACGGCCGGUUGCAGGCGAUCGAGCCGCUGUGGCAUCUGCCAGGCCUCGGCUGGCGCGUCCCGGACGCCGAGCUGGUGCAGUUCUCCGCCGUUCUGCAUUUCAGCGGGCCGCGGAAGCCGUGGCUGGAGGUCGCGUUCCCGGAGCUGCGGCAGCUGUGGCUCGGCCACUUGAACGCGUCGGACAGUUUCCUAGAAGGCUGUGGUGUGGUCGAAUAACACAUUAACACGGUGUUAGAACAAUGGAAGAUCGACCUGGGAAGAAGAGAAAGUACAGUAAUUUGGUUCAAGAUAUACUGGGUGCAGAGCUGGGGUUCUGAGGAGAGGGAAGUAGGUGUUGCCUUCAGUCUCUCCUCGCAUUGAAGCUCUACAUAGGACAUAUCCUACUUAGUUCAGUGUGACACACUAGAACUACUCACGAUGUAUAUACCAAGGGGGUUAUUUUCGGUGACAAUAUUAGUUGGACUAGGCGAGACUAGCAAUCUGUGCCAAACGCCCAAACCUUUACUCUACAUGAAAGUGAGUUGCACAAUUGUUUUA